CGUCAGCCCUUGUACUGCGUAAUCCGGUAGUCAAUUGUGUUAAGUCUAUGUUUCGUUACGGGCUUCUAGUUCUUUCACCUUCGUGCCUCAGGCGUAAAUUGCCCGCUCUUUUGACCCAAGUUUCGCAAGAAGUUAAAGGAGUUCUUUAUGUCGAUAUCUACGAACCUGAUUUUGUUGUCCAACGCGUUCGCAGUUUGUACGAGCUGUUGGUUCAUGUUUAUGGAACCGGCUCUUCCAAAAUCGGGGAGCUGGAUGUCCGAGUUUUACUACCUCAAACUUUGACCCCUAAUGAUGGUUGUACUGAAGAAGUAAGAAAUCUCGUCAAGUCGCCCGAGGUUGCUUUCGUUCGCGAUGUGUUUGAAAACGAUCAAUCGAAAGUUGGUCUUUUGAAGUUCAAGAAAUGGUUGACGAAACGUUUUCAGUUCUCCGAUCUCGACGGAAAGCUCAAGUAUUUGAAACUUGGAGAUGAGCUUAUUAGCGAGGGGGAAGUACAAAAGCAGCUCGGUAAUGAUCUGAAUGAUACAUGUCUACAGACUUACAAACAAGUGGUCCUCGGUGGAACGUUUGAUCACAUGCAUUCUGGUCACAGGUUGCUUCUGGCUGUUGGUUCUUUGCUUUGCGAACAGAGAAUCACCAUUGGUCUUAGCGAGGGACCUCUUCUGGAAAAGAAGGUCUUAAAAGAACUCAUCGAACCUUUCCAGGAUAGAAAGAGUAACUUACAAGAGUUUCUUAAGGACGUAAAGCCAGGUAAUGUUUCUAUUGUGCGUUGAGUUGAUUUUCAUUAACAGCCAUGUAAAUAAUUAACUACAAUUGUCACUAUAAGUACCAGGUCAGUUAUUGUCAACUUUUUCUCCUCUAUUUUUAAAAGAUUAACUAGUGAUAUAGCCCACUACAAUGGCUUUUCCUAUUGCUAAAUAAAAUUAUAUAUUUUUUAGUUCUUUAUGUAUUUUAAAGAUGAGGUCUACCUACUAAACUUAAGGUUUUAUUGACCAACAUCUCACAGCACACUAAUCUUGACAACAUAUGGCAGUUUGUGGCCUUUCCUUAUAUCUAGGCAGUUCAGAAAGCUGCAAAACACUAGGACAAAAAUUUAUCUUCCAGAUUGGCACUCUUAAUCCCCAUGGUAUCAACAAGCACUUUUCAUUCAACUAAUUUUUCCUGUUUUCUCAUCACCAUAUUCCAACCAAUAGCAUAGCUCCACUUUCUGCAUAUAAACCCACACACAACUCACAAUUCCUCCGAUUGCUCUGAUGAAGGGCUAUCACUCAAAAUUUCAGCUUUUUUACUCUUUAUGACAGCAAAUUUAUGUUGUCAACUCAGUUGUUAACACUAAAUUACCUGCUAUACUCUCCCACCGACACAGCACCACAGUUUCUUUAGAAACCUACCCCCUUUAUUCAUAGUGGUACACUGAGUUAGCAAUAUCAGGGUGUAAAAUUUUUUUUUUUUUUUUUGUGAUAGCCUCUUGGCUCCUAAAUUCUUCAAAGUGGUAGCCAAUUCAAAAAAAGUUGGUCGCCAUUUUCAAAGACAAACAAAACUAUUUUUUACGCUGUUAGGGCUCUAGAUAGGUCCUUCAAAAUUAAGUUAGGAAAAAGAUCUUUAACCUACUACAGAGUGGACACUAGGAUGGAAGAUAUACAACCUUCAAGCUCACCUACAUCCUAAAUCCAAGGUGGCGUCUAGUCAUUGAUUGAGACUUAAUGAGGAAGUUUGCCGUGGAUUUAUCUUUUGCAAAUCUUUUUAAUUCAACAUAUCUCUAAGUAAGGUUGUGAUGAAACAUUCUAGUCGCCAAUUUGGCAACUAAUUUUUAGGAUUUGGUCGUCAAAGUGAAAAAUUUAGUCGCAUUGGCGCCUGUAUUAGGUGCAAUUUCAUGCCCUGAAUAUAAAUACGGCUCAAGACAAAACUAUUAACACAAAAUUAUACAGUUCCAAGCAAAGCGUGUAUGAUAUGCUAACCCUUUAACUCCUAGAAAUGAUUAACAAGUAACUUCUCCCUACAAUAUCCAUGCACUAUUAGGAAAACAAGUAAUGAGAAUACUCAAAUGUAUCAGGUAGAAGUUGUUAUCUUGAUCUAACAUCAAAUUCUUAUAACUUAUUUACAAGGAAAUGUGUAGCAGCUAGAGGGGAGAUUUAACAAUCAGAUCUUGGAAGUUGAAUGGUUAUACCCAGCAGUCUCCUUUCCCAAAAGAUUACCAUUCAAUUGGUGUAAUGACUGUAUUACCUGUGUCUGUAUCAAAAUAACUUUUUCUUUGGUAAUUGUGGUUCUGCACUGAAAAUCAGAAAUUCCAAAAAUCUUAAACACAUGUAUACUUCCCAGGUUUGGAACACAACAUCAUACCACUGACUGACCCUGUUGGUCCAGCAGGAACUGACCCAGAAUACCAGUGUCUCAUCGUUAGUAAGGAAACAGAGAAAGGAGGAUUUGUGGUGAAUGACAUGCGUGAGAAAAAGGGUUUGAACCCACUUGAUGUGCAUGUGAUUGAUGUUGUCAUUGAAAAAGACAUGGAGUCAAACCAGGGAAGACACCACCAUGGGGAAGAGAAGAUGAGUUCUACCAUGGAAAGACAGAAAUUAUUGGGAAAACUUUUACAACCUGUUGCUAGGAAAGAAAGAGCACAUGGGCACCCUUAUGUCAUUGGUCUAACAGGAGGGAUUGCUAGUGGAAAAUCAUCAGUCUGCCAAAGGCUCAGAGGCUUGGGUGCCGCAGUCAUUAGCUGUGACCAGUUGGGACAUCAGGCAUACACACCAGGGAAGAAGGCUUACAAAGAAAUUAUUGAGAACUUUGGAAAUGGAAUUCUGACUGAGGAAAAGAACAUCAACAGGAGGGCUCUAGGCUCUGUUGUUUUUGCUGACAAGGCCAAGCUCACAUUGCUAAAUCGCAUUGUCUGGCCAGAAAUUUUGUUACAAGCCCAAGCAGAAAUUGCAAGGUAUGCAGAGGAAGGUUUCAAGGUUUGCAUCUUGGAUGCUGCAGUUCUUUUGGAGGCUGGCUGGGACAAAGCAACCGAUGAAGUGUGGGUGACAUUUGUCCCAGAAAAUGAGGCUGUGACGCGCAUUCUUUCAAGAGAUGGCAUCUCAGAAGAACAGGCUCUCAACAGAAUUAAAUCCCAGAUUAGCAAUGAAGAAAGGGUAAAAAAGGCAAAUGUUGCCAUUUGCACUUUGUGGGAACCUGAGUUUACUCAAGAGCAAGUUGAGAGAGCCUGGAGAAGUUUGAUUGAAAGGAUUUAAAUCAUUUUGACACUGUCUGUUGUCUGAUUUGGAGGACUCCCAAAAAAUUACUAGCAUCUUAUUCCUCCUUACAGUAAUCUUGCUGAAUCUUUUAUUAACAUCAGGAGAAUAAAAUAAGUGGUUGUUAAUCUAAGAAGCUUAGAUUUUUAAAUGAAGUCUUGUUAUUAGUACUUAAAGGAAAUUUAUAGAGAAGCGUAUAGAGAAUAUGGAUUCUCAUGUUAGGAAGUAAAGGGUUAAUAUUUUUAUCUUAUCAGAUGAUUUGGUGCAAAGGAAAGCGGAGUAUUUUUACAUUUUUGAAUUUUUUGCAUUUUGAUGAGCCCAUAGGACAAGUCAAAAUACAAUCAAUGGGUAAAAAUACUCUGAUAUUACACACUAAAAUGGCAAAUAUGUUAUUUAUUAUCCAACUGCUUUUUUUCUGUGAAGUUUACAUGUAAGUCUACAUUUCUCACACAGCAGGAGAAGAAAAGUGGGUAGUGAAGCAUAGCACACAGCCAACUGUUUAAACAGGUUUUUUACAGUGCAGAAUAACCAAUUGUCCAAAUAACCAUACAAUAUUGCAGGAUAUUUGUACUCUAUUGGUGUGUUAUUUAUACAAGAUACUAAGUGCAGUUGGAUAAUAAAUAGUUCUAUUUGGAAAUGGUGUGGCACUUACAAGCAUGUUUGAAUAUUUUUGAUUUAUGAAACAUAUUUUUGUCAUGUCAACUCAUGACAAUUUUAUAUAAUUUUAUAUAAUUUUAUAUGUAAUCUCAGCUAUUGAAAGGAAAAAGGGGUUCUUCUAGUUUAAAAUUUUUUACAAUAGUUUCCUUAACUCUCUUAACCUUGCUGUUUGAUUUAGAAGUUACAAUGUGAUCCUGUGGGAAUCAAUAUCAGUAUCUGGGCAACUGCCCACCUACCCCUCCCCUAACCCAACAACAGUCAAUUGAUAACAACUUAGGGCUAACGUUGGGUUAGGGGAGGGGUAGGUGGGCAGUUGCCCAGAUACUGAUAUUGAUCCCAAUGUGGUUAGUAAUUAUAUGCUAGUGACCCAUUAGAGUUUACAGGGUCACUCCAGACUUUUAGUUCCUAAUAAUUUGCAAGAGAAAUUAACUGGCAUUUUUCUAAGUAGCUUUUUUCCUUAUUCACACCUCUCACACUUUAUCUAUUUCUCACAUUUAGAGUACAAAAUAUUCCUUUGACUGGCAGAUAGCUGAUUCAAAUUGAGGCAGGUCAAUUUUCUACCGAAUUAGAUUAAAUUUAUCUUAAAUUACAUGGACUGGAAAUAAUACAGAAAUGAACAGAUGAAACAUAAAUUAAAAGACAUUGUACGAUAACUAUAAAAUAAAAAGGAAAAUGAUUUACCAGUUGAUUUUGGUGGCAAAGUUCAUAUUUAAAAAGUUUACAGGGCUAUCAUGA